AUGUCUGGUAAAUGGAAGCAAUGUGGAAAGAUAUUCAGACACAAACUUGCUAUACAUCAGAAAAUCCACACUGUGGAGAAACCUUAUCAAUGCAAGCAGUGUGGAAAGACAUUCUGCCACAGAUCCAGUCUUUCUGAUCAUCAGACAAUCCACACUGGGGAGAAACCUUAUGAAUGCAAGCAGUGUGGAAAAACAUUCUGCCACAGCUCCAGUCUUUCUGAUAAUCAGAGAAUCCACACUGGGGAGAAACCUUAUCAAUGCAAGCAAUGUGGAAAGUCCUUCAUUCAGAGCUCCCAUCGUGCUCAGCAUCAGACAAUCCACACUGGGGAGAAACCUUAUGAAUGCAAGCAGUGUGGAAAGUCCUUCAGUCUGAGCUUUCAUCUUGCUCAGCAUCAGAGAAUCCACACUGGGGAGAAACCUUAUGAAUGCAAGCAGUAUGGAAAAACAUUCUGCCACAGCUCCAGUCUUUCUCAUCAUCAGAGAAUCCACACUGGGGAGAAACCUUAUCAAUGCAAACAGUGUGGGAAAACAUUCUGCUGCAGCUCCAGUCUUUCUCAUCAUCAGAUAAUCCACACUGGGGAGAAACCUUAUCAAUGCAAGCAAUGUGGAAAGUCCUUCAGUCGGAGCUCUCAUCUUGUUCAGCAUCAGAGAAUCCACACUGGGGAGAAACCUUAUGAAUGCAAACAGUGUGGAAAGACAUUCAGACACAGAUCCAUUCUUGCUCAACAUCAGAGCAUCUACAAUGGUGAGACACCUUAUAAGUGCAAGCAAUGUGGAAAGACAUUCAUUCAGAUAUCCAAUCUUGCUGUACAUCAGAGUAUCAACAUUGGGGAGAAACCUUAUGAAUGCAAUCAAUGUGGAAAGUCCUUCAGUCGGAGCUCCCAUCUUGCUCAACAUCAGAGAAUCCACACUGGGGAGAAACCUUAUGAAUGUAAGCAAUGUGGCAAGUCCUUCAGAAGGAGCUCCCAUCUUGUUAACCAUCAAAGAAUCCACACUGGGGAGAAACCUUAUGAAUGCAAGGUCUGUGGAAAGUCAUUCAGUCGGAGCUCCCAUCUUGUUAAACACCAAAGGAUCCACACUGGGGAGAAACCUUAUGAGUGCAAUGAAUGUGGAAAGACAUUCUGUCAGAGUUCCAAUCUUUCUUAUCAUCAGAGAAUCCACACUGGGGAGAAACCUUAUGAGUGCAAGCAGUGUGGAAAAUCAUUCAGUAACAGCUCUGGUCUUGCCAUACAUCAGAGCAUCCACACUGGAGAGCAUCCUUUUGAGUGCAAGCAAUGUGGAAAAACAUUUAGUCGGAAUUCAUGUCUUGCUGUACACCAGAGAAUCCACACUGGGGAGAAACCUUAUGAGUGCAAGCAAUGUGGAAAGGCAUUCAGUCACAACUCUGGUCUGUCUUAUCAUCAGAGCAUCCACACUGGGGAGAAACCUUAUGAGUGCAAGCAAUGUGGAAAGGCAUUCAGACAGAGCUGUAAACUUACUCAGCAUCAGAGAGUCCACACUGGGGAGAAACCUUAUGAGUGCAAGCACUGUGGAAAGACAUUCAGUCAUAGCUCUGGUCUGUCUUAUCAUCAGAGCAUCCACACUGGGGAGAAACCUUAUGAAUGCAAGCAAUGUGGAAAAACAUUCACUCUGAGCUCCAGUCUUACUGUACAUCAAAGAACCCACACUGGGUACAAACCUUAUGAGUGCAAGCAGUGUGAAAAGACAUUCAGUCACAGCUCCAGUCUUGCUCAUCAUCAGACUGUCCACACUGGGGAGAAACCUUAUGAAUGCAAGCAAUGUGGAAAGACAUUCAGUCAGAGCUCAAAUCUUUUUUAUCAUCUGAGGAUCCACACUGAGGAGAAGCCUUGAGUGUAAGCAAUGAGGAAGGACAUUCAGUCAUGUCUUUGCUCUUAUCAUCAGAGCAUCCACACUGGGGAGAAGCCUUAUGAAUGCAAACAAUGUAGAAAGCCAUUUAUAUGGAGGUCCACUUUUGUUCUACAUCAGAGAAACCUCAGAAUUUCAGACAAAGCACUUACCUUGCUCUAAGUUAGACAGUUCACUCUAGUAUGUUAUAAACCCAACUAAGAUAAGGUGCAAAUGGUAAUAUGAUUUAGACCUAAAAUGUGAUGCCAUGAGCAAAUUAAGAGAGCAUAGAACAGUUUGCCUUUUAGGUCAAUUUAUUGAUAUGGGAAGAAUUUGUGACCAAAUGAGAAAUAGAUGACAUGAGCUGCAUCAUGGAUCAUUUUUAUUAUCUUAAAUUCAAAAGUAUUUGUACAAACAAAACCAAUACAAGCAAGGUUAAAAAGGGAAACAAGUUACAAUUCCCUUUAAAAUCAGAUGUCCAAUUUUGUGAAGGGAACCCUCUCCAAUGAUCACAUAUGGAGUCUUACCAGCAUCAUCAUGAUCCUACUGAUCUCAUCUAGUGUGAGUCAUGGGACUGAAUUUAAACAGGACACAAUUGAACGUGACCCAGAAGGGAGGAGGAAGAAAUUAGAAGACAAGGAAGAAGGAGUUCUUUCUGGAGGAACCGGGGAAGGGGAAGGUGGCUGAAGGAGCCAUGUGUAGGGCACCCACAUGGCUAAAAGACUUUAUUUAGUUUUCUGCCUUUAACUAUCCAAGUAAAUUCUAAUAAAAUUUAUG